CGGCCUCAUCCCCCGGCUCCUCGGGGACAUCCUUUCGCUCUGGCUCUGCAACAUGCUGGCUUACCUCAUCAACACGUACGCGCUGGAGAACGGGGUCUCAACCAUGGCUGAGAUGAAGAGUUACUCGCAGGCAGUCACUGGAUUCUUCGCCAGCAUGCUGACCUACCCCUUCGUGCUGGUCUCCAACCUGAUGGCCGUCAAUAACUGUGGGCUGGCAGGGGGCCUCCUCCCCUACGCGCCCACCUAUUCCUCCUGGCUGGACUGCUGGAGCCAGCUGCACAGGGAGGUGACGGUGGCCGUCUCCUCCUUCCCGGGAAACAUGAGCCGAGGGAACAGCCUGUUUUUCCGCAAGGUGCCCACAGGGAAGCGAUACGUGUGGGAGGAGAGGAGGUUUCGCUGA